UCCUCCACUGACCUGCUCACCAGGCCUGCACCACCGUACACGCUCAACCUGAGACAGACACAAAAGAAAGUGGAAAGAAGGAGAGCGGGGCUUGUACGAGGUGCAGUGAAGUACAAGCCGACCAGAGGGAAAAUGACAGACCAGCAGGGAACACCAGAGCAGCUGCCUGCAGAAAAGGAUCAGGGAGGUGCAGGAUUCACAUAUAAGUUGGUGAUUUUCGAGUUUGAGAACUUCCGCGGCGAGAAGCUGGAGUUGUCUGGUGAAUGUGAACAGGUGUGGGAGAAGAUGCAGCGAGUUGGCUCGAUAAUUGUGGAGUCGGGACCUUGGGUGGCAUGUGAGUGUCCAGGUUUUGCAGGACAGCAGUUUGUGCUGGAGAAAGGAGAGUAUCCUCGCUGGAGCACUUGGACCAGCUGCCCGAGUGCCUAUGGCCUCAGCUCAUUCAGGCCCCUGAAAGUGGAGAGUCCAGAUCACAAGCUGCACUUGUUUGAGAAUGCAGGCUUUGAGGGCAGGAAGAUGGAGAUCACUGAUGAUGAUGUGCCAAGUGUGUGGGCUCAUGGUUUCCAGGACCGUGUGGCCAGCGCUAAGGCUAUCAGUGGAACGUGGGUGGGAUACAUGUAUCCAGGUUACAGGGGGAGACAGUUUGUGUUUGAGCAUGGAGACUUCAAGCAUUGGAAUGACUGGGGAGCCACUGAACCACAAAUCCAGUCCUUACGGCGUGUGCGGGACAUGCAGUGGCACAAGAAAGGGUGUUUUAUUGACCCCACCCCUACGCCUCCUAAUCCCAAUACCAAAUCCAACCCAAAACCCAAACCCAGCCCUACUCCUACUCCCAAAGCACAAACUCAUCCCCAACCUUAAUGCCUCACCUCCAGCGACUGCAGACCAUGUAGCCCUGGGAAAGUGAAACAGACAACACUGAAACAUUUAUAUUGGAAAUAAAAUAAUGUUGGCCCUAA